ACCGAGCAGUGUGCACCUCGCUAUCCCUUCUUCACUCGCUCGUAGACUCUCAACACUUAGACGAAUUCACGAUGCCAGCAAUGGUUGAUCACAUCAUGAGCAUUGGCCAGCAUCAAAACACCCCGAACCUGUAUUCCCGGGAUCUGGGUGGCGAAAUCGAAAUUUCGUGCACGAGGGACCAGAGACCGAUGUCAACAUUGUCCAGCGCCUCGUCCAGCUCCUCAUCCAGCUCCUCGUCCAGCUCCUCAUCUAGCUCGUCCAGCUCCGGCGAAGACGAUCUCGUCCAGCGCACGCGAACGAUCACCUUUCAGUGCGAAAAUAAUCUGCCAGGACAGUCGACGUCGGUAGUCCGACGCAACGCCCGCGAACGCAACCGCGUCAAGCAGGUCAACAUUGGGUUCACCACACUGAGACAACACAUUCCCAUGCCGUCCAAAAACAAGAAGAUGAGCAAGGUGGAGACCCUCAAAUACGCCGUCGACUACAUUCGCAGUCUGAAGCAAAUGCUGGAUGAGAGAUUGGACCUGGGCUUGAUUCAGGACUCACCAGUGAUUCAGGACUCACCAGUAGACGAGAUGGAGUCCGAAUCAAGUUCGGCAGCUCAUUCGCAGCAGUACCAGCCGGCCUACUGUCCGCCCGGCGGAAGCUUCCAGAUUAUGCAGCCAGCAUCUCUGUCGCCGCCGUGCACCACAAGCGAGACCGCCUCGUCACCUACGCCCUCCUUCGUGUCCGACUCCACUUCUUACUCCAUGAUGUACCGCGGCCUGACCGUCCCGACGACUUACGAAAACUAUCAGUCCGAGACCCCCGAGGAAGAGUUGCUCUUGGACGAUAUUUCGUGGUGGCAACAGAGUCAAUAAGCAGGUUGAUUAAUCUUUCGGCCACGAGGAGAUUUUAAAGCGAAUUUAUGCGCCCGGAGGACUACAAGCAAAUUUUGGAUCUGAAACAUCCUAAAUCAAAGACCGUUCAACAAUACCUCACUAGAACCACUGCCUCAAUCGCCAAAUAGCUCAAAAGAUACUUUGAGAGUAAACUCUACGAUAUCUAAAUGGAGCCUCAUAAAACACUAUUCGUGACCUCAGAAGACAUAUCUCAACCAAGAACAGCAAAACAUAUCAAUACUUUUUUGCUCUUGUAUAUAUGCAAAAAUUUGUUUAUAAGACCUUUUUUCCCCACUUCAGGCCAUAAAUGCAUUCAAACGAAUUUUAUAUGUUUCUUUCUAGUCAGUUUUUGUUUGCUUAAAGUGGUUUUGCACAUUUAUACAAUAAUUUAUUUUUAAAGUUUAAGUUAAGUUCAAGAUCCCUAAAAUCAGCCACAAGGACAUCUCAUUAUUUUAUUAUGCAAUGUUUAGCUGAAAAUGAUGAUGCUCAAAAUGUUUAUAUUGUGAUUGAAGGCCAUUGAAACGCUGAAUGGAACAAAUUUAGAAGUGCCUUUACUUAUCCACUAAUGCUGAAAUUUGAAAAGAAAAUGUGGAAUCUCAUUGAAUGUUCUCGUUCCAAAGGGAUCUCGAUUUUUAAGAAAGAUACAAAGUGAUUUGAAACGAAUGAACUUAAAUUUAAGUGGAUGAAGUCCCACUUUCAGAUACUUGUCAUGUAAGAUUUUGGGAAGUUUAGGCAAAGGAUAAAAGUCGUAGGGUAUUAUUGAAGGUGUACAAUUGUAUUUUAUUCGUUUAUAAUGUUGGAAAAUAAAAAUGCACAUUUUGAAUUAUAUCAA